AGUAUGCUACAGAUGGCCACACAGCAUGUUGCAACAUGUUGCAAGACAGACAUUUCGAUUGCUAUUGGUGUUAUCGAAACCUAUAAAAUGUGGCAACGUCUGCAGCAAUUCGCGCCGAAAACAAAACAGUGCAAAAAAAUGUGGUGAAUUGUGAAAUAUUUGUUUAUUUAUUUAUUUUUGUGUCUGCUUUCCAAUGGAUGAAAAGCGUUACAUUAAGCGCAAGGAGAAGGCGCGCACCGAUGGGAAUCGCGAGCAACUGGCGAUCAGCUGCAAUCAGUUGGGAGACUAUUACAAUCAGCUUGGCAAAUACAAUGAAGCGGUCAAGGAAUAUAAACAAGAGGCAUCGAUAUACACAAGCAUGGGCAAGGAGCUGGAGACGGCGAAGGCAAAGCGUAUGUUGGGUGAAAUGUAUACGCUGCUCUGCGAUUACGAUACGGCAAAGGAUUACAUUAACGACUAUCUGAAAAUUGCUAAAAGAAUUCAGAAUAAAGUGGAGCAGCAGAGAGCUUAUGCCACCCUGGGACGCGUUCAUCUGUUGCAUGGUCAGAGCUUGGCGGACUCAACAGCCUCGGCUGCUAUGGAGCAACUUCGGUUGGCCGAGAAGAGUUUUUUACGCAGUGUGCUGCUGAUCAAAGAUCUUUCGGGUCAGAUAUCGAAACUGGAGCAACUGGAUAUGCAAGCACGCUGUUACCUCAACAUUGGCGUAGUCAAAGAACACAUGGAAGAGUUCGAGGAGUCCAUUGACUACAUAGAGAAGGCAAUUAAAAUCAGUAAAGCACACGAUUUAUUCGAAUUGACCCAUUUGUGCUACAUCUCGAUGAGCUUGCUCUACAAUUGCAAAAAGAAUGACGCUGCUUCGGCUCUACGCUACUGCAAUAUGGCUCUCCAAGUGGCCAAGCGACUGCCCAACAAGGUAAAGAAGAUCUGCGAGACACUCAUAACCAAGUCAGAUAUACUGAUCAAUGCAGGCGACUUUGCCAGCGUCAAGCAAAUCCUUACCAAGGCUUACAAGAAGCAUACGCCCGAUGAGAAUGAUCGAGCUGCCAUUGAGCGUUCACUACGGAUUGUGGUAAAGAUCUGUCAAACGCUCGAUGAUCUUGUGCUCACCAGUUCCGUGGACUAUGCCAAGUUGAAGGACUUGUAUGAGAAACUGGGCGAUGGCUGUUGUCAUUUGUUGAACUACGAAAAAGCUCUGGUUUAUUACCAGAAGAUGUUGGAAUGCGCCGAGUUGAAUCACGAGCAAGGCAAGAGUCUGGUGCCCAUCUAUGUGAGUCUGUAUCAGACGUAUAAGGAUAACAGGCAGUACGACAAGGCAUUGGAGUACUUGUGGAAGGAGUUCGAGCUGAAUCAAGAUGUGCCCGCCGAAGCAUUCACAACGCUCUGCAGCAUCGCGGAGAUUUGCGAACAGCAGUCGCAGCCCUUUUGGACCAUUCACGAUGUGUAUCAGAAGGCGAUGCGUCAGGCAGCCAAAGUCGAGGAUGCUGAGAAGAAGGCGAAGCUGGAAAAGAUUGCCAUGGUGCGACUGUAUAAAUUACAGGUCAAAUACAAAAUGCAAAUGCUAGUGGAGAAUCUGGAGGCGGAGGCAAUAGAAAAAGGCAUUAAUUUGGCGCAUGAAGCAGCGAAGCAGGAUGAGGAAGAGGAUGUUGAGACACCACAGCAGCAACAGCAGCAGAAUACUCCCGACUGGGGCGAUGAUGUGGAUCUGGAUGCAUUGACGGACUCCGAUGCCAGUGAUUUGGAUGAAACGGACAAACCGCGACCACAACGAAUGACUCGCGGCAAUCGCACGCUGACCAUCAAACGUAACAACAAGGGUGAAACUCAGCUGCAUCAAGCGUGCAUCGCUGGCAAUCUGGAGCUAGCGCGUCGCCUCAUCGAACAGGGACACACGAUCAAUGUGCGCGAUCAUGCCGGCUGGCUGCCACUGCACGAAGCCUGCAAUCAUGGCUAUCGCGAUAUUGUGCAGCUGUUGCUGGACAAGGGCGCCACGGUGGCCAUCAACGACAAAGGGGGCACUAGUUGCGAUGGCAUCACACCUCUCUACGAUGCCUGCGCCAAUGGCUUUCUGGAUGUUGCUGAACUGCUGCUGGAGCGAGGCGCCGAUGCAACAGUGCGCACUGACUACAACGACACGUGUAUUGAGGCGCUGGAUAAGUGGCGACAGUCCAAGCAGCUCAUCGAUGGCGAGCAGGCGCAGUAUGCUCAACUACGCGAGCGUCUGCUACGCACGCUCUCCAAGGUGGGCAUCUGUAGUCAACGGCAUGCGCGUCCUUUGACGAAUGCCAAUGCACGAGAGGCAACGAGCGAGUCCUCCGAGGAGGAGGCGGAAGUGGACUUGACGCCGCGACAAAGACGUUCGCUGCCCAGGCUGAACACUUCAUCUGGCAGCGCCAGCAAGGAGUAUCGCAAUGUUAUGGCGCAACUGAAGCGUCCGAAUCGAGUUAUUGAUGAACCCAGCAGCAGCAGCAAUUGCAGCAGCACUAGCAGCGCCAGCUUUAAGCAGAAACGUGCUGCGUUACUUGCCACCGAUGAGGUGGAUGCGGACAACUGGCUGGUUGAUGAUGUGGGACCAGAACGCAAGCGCAAACGCUACAACUCCGGUAGCCUCGGCAGUCGGUCAGCGAAUGCCAAAGAGAAUCUUCAUGAUUCGGCUUUCGAUUUGCAGGAGACGCCACCUGAACUGGAUGCACAUCAAGUGCUCUUCGAGGCAGCCAAUUCGAAGCAGCGACAAAAGCAGAUGAGCAAACUCACGUUGUCCCGCAGCUCCAGCAUGAAUAGCAAUCACAGUGGCAAGUCCAAACAGCAGGCAUCUUUGCUGGACAGUGGCUUCUGUCGCUUUCGCAGUGAAAGUCCUUUGGGCAGUGGCGAGGAUUCCCUGGACAGUGCUUCAGUGAUACGCAUUGAGCCUGAUUCCACGACGAGUGGCGCACAGAAUGCUCCUGCCAUACAGCUGCUCAUUUCGCCGGCGAAACGUGAUUCACCCAUCAAGGUGCAGGCAACUCCAGUGCUGGCCACGACCGUGUCAUUUAAGGUGAAGGUGCAGGAUGAGCUGCUGCUGGUGCCCAUUGAGCGCAAGAAGUUGCAGGACAUCAACAUGCGUUGGCUGGCCGAAGAGGCAGGCAGACGUUACAACAAAUUAACUGGCCUAACGCCUUUGCUGCGUCUGAAGACUUCCGAUGGCUUUGCUUAUGAGGAGACUGAUGCAGUAAGCGUGGCUCUGGAGCAGAGCAUGCUGUUGUCCACUAUUCUAGACUGGAAGAUAUCGCCACUUUCACAGCGCUAUGAAGAAAUGUGCCAUCAAUUGCAGAAGCCUGUCGAUGAUAAGAUCAAGCUGCUGCUGGAGCGUUCACAGAACACUCAAACCUUAGAGCUGGCGGGGCUUUGGCUGCGUGAGACACAAACGGAGCCAGUGUUCAAGGCGUUGCUGCAUCAGGCGCGUCUCACGAUACUCGAUUUGGACAGCAACUUUAUUGGCAACGAGGGAUGCCAACAAUUGGCCAAGGCGCUGUCCACUUUGCUGCAGCUAAAGACGCUGCGUUUAAAGUGCAAUGCCAUCAGCAAUCAAGGCUUGGAGACGUUGCUCUGUGGCGAGGCAAUGGAGAAGCUGGAGCACUUGGAAGAGCUGCAGCUUAGUCAAAACCCAUUGGGCAAUGCCAGCGUGAGAACGUUGCACAGAUUUUGUGGCAGUGCUGCGGGAAAAUCGUUGACCACGUUGCAGCUGUCGCAAUGCGAAUUGACAGAGUUGCAGGACUUUGACUUGGCCUACAACCAAUUGACCUGCUUUGAUAUUAGCUUCAAUCAGCUGACACAGCAGAGUGUGCGUCGCUUGACAGAGCAGCUCAACAGUUGCCGCUUAGAGCAACUGAAUCUAAACUACGUGCGUUGGCCUCUGGAUGAGCAGAGCGGCUUUGCGUUAGGUGAGCGUUUAGUCACGCUGCUCGAGAGUGGAACCAGUGAGCGGUUUGUUCGUUUGGAGCUCGCUGGCUGCGGCUUAAGCGAUGCUCACAUGUACAAGAUAACCCAGCACUUGGCGAAAGCUAAGCAGCUCGAGUGGUUGGACAUCAGUGAUAAUGAACGUUUGAGUGGACUUGCUUUGGGCUGUGUGCUCGAUGAGUUGCCUCAAUUGCAGGCAUUGUUGGCCACAAAUUGCUGUCGCUUACUGGACGAUAUGCGUUUGCAAAAACUGGAGCAGCAGCAACAGCUGCCGAAGCGAAUGGAACUCAGUAUUGAUGAGCAGACUUUCAGCAUGCCAGGUGCAUUGGCCACCUUGACUGACAUUUGGCAACUUAAAUGGGGCGACAAUGCCAAGUUGCUAAAGCCCAAGCGGAAAAAGGGGCUGCUCAAGUUCUAUGUUGACAAAAACGAUCUGCAGUGGUGCAGCUGAUGGCGGAGGAGUGAACAAUAGUCAAUGAAUUGUAAAAUAUG